AUGGCCACUCCAGCGCUCGCUACCCACCCGAAAAUCAUCUUGUUCACUGAUUUUGACGGGACCGUUACUGCGCAAGACUCCAAUGAUUUCUUGACGGACAAUCUGGGAUUCGGUGUUAAAAAACGCAAGGAACUAGGCAAGCAAGUUAUUGACGGCACUCUGCACUUUAGAGAUGCAUUCCAACAGAUGCUGGAUAGCAUCGACACUCCUUUUGACAAGUGUGCCGAAGCCCUGCUAGAGAACAUUGAAUUAGAUUCGGGCUUCAAGGAUUUCUACUUCUGGUCACGCGAAAAUAACGUGCCCGUGGUCGUUGUGUCUUCCGGCAUGGAGCCACUGAUUCGAAAGCUGCUGGCAAAAUUGGUGGGUGAUGCUGCGAACGAUAUUCAGAUCAUUGCUAACCACGUCGACGUCAAGCCAGACGGCUCCUGGAGUAUUGUUUUCCGUGACCCGGAAAGCGGGUUUGGUCACGACAAGGCCAAAUCAAUCAGGCCCUAUGCGGAGAAGUCGGACCGGCCGUUUUUGCUCUAUGCUGGCGACGGCAUUUCGGAUUUGAGUGCUGCGAAGGAGACCGACUUGCUGUUCGCCAAAAAUGGGUGCGAUCUUGUUGACUACCUCGAGAAGAACAAAAUCCCUUACAACGGAUUUGAUUCAUACAAUGACAUUUCCAAGGCCAUUAAAAAGCUGCACAAUGAAGAGGUCGCCUUAGAUGCACUACGCGGUUAG